AUGUUUGUGGGGCUCAGCAACACGACGUCGCUAUCCCUGAGGCGGCAGUUCAAUGAUAUCGCGGGCAAGGCCCGCGCGACCAAGAUCUUCGUGCGCCCCAGGAGCCUCACCGACGCAAACAGGGGCGCGAUCACCGGGCGGCUGCCGCUCAUAUUUCCGGCAGGGACGCGUUGCGCCUUCAGCAACAGCCAAGUGGAUGAGGGCGACGCCGGCCACGCGGUGCUCGUGGCUGCGCUCAAGGGGCUGAGGGUCGGCGGCGUCGGGGCGCAGCACUCGGCCUUCUCUGUUUCCAUUGCAAACUUCAGCGGCAGCUACAACACUACGGGGCAGUAUGCCAGCAACGCGACGUUCAACAUCAACAACACAACCCUGGACGGGUUCAAACUGCGCCUGGCCGACAUCAACAGCGGCGGCGCCGUCGCAGCUCUGACGCUGCGGCAAGGGGGCGUCAAGAACGCGUCGGUCAAGGCCACGGGGUUGCUGACGUCGGCGUACCUCUUUUGA